GAGCUGGUAAUUCCCACGCGUGGAUUAUAUUUUGGACUUUUUGGACUUUGACCUUCCUCCGCCGUUUUCGUGGCGUUUUUGUCGGCAAGAAGGCUGGAGGGUGAGAUGGGGACCCCGCGGCAAGCCACGAGGGGCCGAUUCCGGACGAAGGCUUCUUUAUCCGCGUCCCAGGCGCCCGAGUGCCCAGGAGGAAACAUGCUGGACGAAGAUGAUGUGAAAGUGGCAGCUGAUGCCCUGAAAGAGCUGGAAGCUCUGAUGCCCAGCGCAGACAAGCUGGGCAAGCAGAGGGGCAGCGACCAUCGGGAGAAGAAAAGGAUGAGGAGCCGAAGCCGCAGCAGGGACAGGAAGCGCAGGCACGGAUCUCGCUCCAGGUCUCGUUCCAGGACGUGGGACAGGCACAGGGGAAGAGGCAGAUACCGGUCCAGGAGCAGGAGUGGGAAUCGUCCUGAAGUUGGUGAUGAAGAAGAUGAGGAUCUUGAGAUUGAGCUGGUUGAAGAAGAGCCACCAUUUCUUCGAGGUCACACUAAACAGAGCAUGGAUAUGAGUCCCAUCAAAAUAGUCAAGGUGAAGGAAUGGUAGUGCUUGAAGUCUUUUCUUCUUGCUCUCCAGAAUC